UUGCGAAAAUCGGAUGAACUGGAUCUUCUUCGCCGCCGAAAAGACUUGGAGGUAGCUGAAGCUCGCAUUUUGGUCUUUUUUGACCUCCUCUUCUUCUCCUAUCUCCAUAUAAUCAUCGUCAUCAUCAUCGCUAUCACCACUUUAACCAUUAUCGUUAUUAUGAUGAUUGGCGGCUCUUCCGUGGAAAAGGACGCUCUGAAUGCACAAAAGAAGGUUGUUCUAGCUGCACAAGACGAGGCCUCUCGCAAGUCGGAGCUCUUUUCGGAAAUGGAGGCAAGUCUGUGGGUUACCUUCUCAACUAUUGCAGAUUACAAAUCGCUGAAACUGAAAGCAACAGCUGCGGCGAACGAGGUUAAUCUCCUUCAAGGUCGACUUGCUCAGGCCUUUGAGGAAAUUGAAAGACUAAAAGAAGGCAAGCAUUGA